AUGGCUAAAAAACUAUACAAGCAAUGGACAAUUCAGUCCCAAACCGGCGUCGACGGAUUACGCCUCAGCAGUACCGAACUACCAGACCUUUUGAACGACCAUGAUAUUCUCGUCAAGAUCCAUGCCGCAUCACUAAACUACCGUGAUCUGGUCUUGAUAAGAGGCGACCUAUCUCUUGCCACAUCGCCAAACGUUGUACCUGGUUCUGAUGGUGCCGGAACAGUGAUCUCUAUCGGAAAAUCCGUCACAUCCUUCUCCAUCAACGAUAAGGUCGUCACGCAUCUCGUUCCUCGUAUCGCCUCCUCUCGUUUCCCUGGGCCCGUUCACAUCAUGUCCGGACUGGGACAAGUGCACCAUGGGACACUGCGCGAGUACGGGGUAUUCCACGAAGAGACACUGAUACGCAUGCCUAACAACUUGUCUUUCGAAGAGGCGGCAACGUUGACGUGUAGCGGAUUGACGGCUUGGAACGCGCUAGUCGGUGAUCGUGGAGUGGAGAGUCUGAGGGGAAAGACGGUGUUGACGCAGGGUACAGGGGGCGUCAGUGUUGCUGCUUUGCAGUUUGCCCACGCAGCAGGCGCCACCGUGAUCGCCACAACAAGCAGCGAUUCCAAAGCCGCUCGUCUGAUGGCCCUGGGUGCCACACAUACUAUCAACUACCGUGCUUCUCCCGAAUGGGGCGGAAUUACAAGAGAAGUCUCUGCCAAAUCCGAAGGUGUUUCAACCAUCGUCGAUAUCGGUGGUCGCUCUACGCUCUCGGAAUCCUUCAAAGCCGUGAUGGUUGGUGGAACAAUCUCCCUUACCGGUGCUCUGGGCACCGCGGGAGAAGAGAAGCCUGAUAUCAUGGAUGUUUUGUGGAAGGCAUGUAGUCUUCGAGGCAUAUGGCUGGGUACAAAGGAUCAGUUCAAUGACUUGGUAGCAUUCAUUGAGGAGAAGGAUGUCAAGCCUGUUGUUGAUCAGCGGGUGUUUAGACUGGAGGACCUAAAGGAUGCAUUGGUGUAUUUGGAAGACCAAAGACAUUUCUCGAAGGUGGUCAUCAAAAUUGUUUGA